AUAGAUUUACUUUUCGUUUUUCUUAUACGAAUGAAUCAUUUUCUCCCUAUAAAUUUUAUUUUUUAGUAACCUAUUUUGUUCUUAGAAUCAAUCGUAAUAAUUGAUAAGAGAAGGUCAGCGAUUCUCCAAUCUGUAAAAUGAGUUUUAUAGCCUUGGGGAGGAAAUGUAUGACUAGAUACAAAAAAUUAGUAUUAAUAGUGAAUAAUUAACAGUUUUAUAGAGUUUAGUAGUCCAUUUUUCUUGUUUCGUAGACCCAAAUAAGCCUACUAAUUCUAAAUAUAUAUCUAUCUUAUUUUUUGUUUUAGUAUAGAUCCAAAAGUGUUUAUUGCCAUUUUGUCAAUUAUAAUAAACUUUUCUGCCUAUCCUUACUGUCAGUACUUAAUGAAUAGAAGGGAAUGUAAAGCAUUUGAUUAUCCCUAAAAAGACACAGUACAAGGAAUGAUUGUAAUUAAGCAAACAUGUCUUUUUGAUCACGUGAUGGACCUGAAAGUCAAAAUACACUAUGUACUUAUUGCUGUUUAUUCUACACCAAUACCAUUUGCAUAGUACAGCGUCUCUCUGUCUCUAUUCUAUUUGUUUUUCUACCUAUAGAUUUUGACUUUGACCUUGAAAAAAAAACUUAAUAUUUUUUUCUACCCAAUAGAAUUGCCUUGAAAUGGAGAGAUAUUUGAAGAAUGAACCUCGUUUAACCUCUUAUCGCCGUCUUGAUUCGGUAGAUUCUGAAUUUGAUCUGGCAUGGGAACAAUUUAUGCAAGAAGCCUCUACACCAGUAACAGAUCUAGAACUACUUGAUGACAUUGGAGCGCUUUCAACAUCUCAAACACCCUCAUCAGAAAAUUCGUCGCCUUCGUCCUGUAGUCAGGAGAGAGCGGUUGAAAAGCUAGCAAAAUUAAAUAUCGACGACUCUUAUUCCGUUUAUAGCUGUUCGUCGUAUAGCUCGUCGUCAAGUGCUGUUUCGUGGGAUUCACAAGCUAGUGAUAGGAAACGACCUCAAAUACCAGAAACUCCUGUACCCGACUAUCCAGGUGCACCGGGUACAACUCCUUCUGAAAAACUACCGGGUUUUUCAUUUUUUUCCAAGAAUGCCAAUAAGAUGCAUGAUAUUCAAAGGCCAGUAACUGCUCCACAAAGUAGUGUACAACCCAAAAGUCCAGGAAAAAGAGAUUGUGAUAGAGUACAGGACGAUCAAGCAGUUGAGAGCAAACGUAGAACACAUAGAUGCGGAUUUCAGGGUUGUACUAAAGUCUAUACGAAAAGUUCGCACUUGAAAGCUCAUUUAAGGACACAUACCGGCGAAAAACCAUAUAAAUGUACGUGGGAAGGCUGCGAAUGGCGUUUCGCUCGUUCAGACGAAUUAACCAGGCAUUAUCGCAAACAUACAGGAGCAAAACCUUUCCAGUGUAAGAUCUGUGAUCGUUGUUUUUCAAGAUCAGAUCAUUUGGCUCUUCACAUGAAAAGACAUCCAGCCAAUCAAGUUCCACACUCUAACCCUGCUAGUAGUUGAUAUAACAAAAUGAUGCUAAACUGUGAAAGCGUAAAAAAGUAGUUGAGAGGCAAUUUUAUCUUUUUUAAAUUUAUUUCAUUAGUUAUUUGAGAAUAAGAAGAGUAUUAGAGGUCUGAAAUCUCUCCCAAAUCAAUGAGUGGCAAUUUUACAAGUCAUUCUCCCACUCACUCUCUCCCACACUCUCUCUCCCACUCUCUCUCUCUCUCUCUCUCUCUCUCUUUCUCUCUCUCUCUCUCUGACUCUGUCUUUCUUUCUCUCUGUCUAAAAAAAAAUUAAAAACGUUUAAUUCUAGACAAAGAGAAUUCUCUUACUCUUAUACUUUUUCCCCGCUGUCUUUUUUUUAUUCAUACUAUAUUUUUCUCCUAUAUCUCUUCUACCUCAAUACCUAGCUUAGAAUUAUACAAAGUAUAGUUACAAUGAUGAAUUAAUCUAGUGAAAAAUUUACAAUUUUCGAAAUCAUUUACAAAUAAGAAUUCAAUGAAAUCUGAAUAUAUAGUAUUCAAUGAAUUUAAGCGCUCUAAUCAAAAUUUUUAUUUAAUGAAAGGCAAAGAGAAAAUUAGUGAAAUAGGUAUAGAAUAAUUACAUCUAUAUACUGCAUAUGUGUGAGCACGUGUCAUAAAUAGAGAGACAGAGAGACAGAGAGAGGGGAAGAGAGGAGUCGAGAGAAGAACCUUUUGUAUAUAUAUACAGUAUAUACCUAAAGUACUUCGAAAGUGAAUUCUAGUACCAUUUAAUCCUCAAACAUAAGAAGGAAAAUAAUAUAAUUGUUCUUUUCAUAAAUGCAAAGAAUGUUCCAUUGUCAUAAGAAUUACGAUAAACAGUACAUGAAGAAUUUAUAAAAAUAGAGAAAGACAUUUCUUAAUAAUGUAUUAAAAAGAUAUUACAUUAAGUAGCUUUUUCUUUGUUUUAAAAGAAAAACAAUAAUGAUUUAAAUAAAAAAAAAGGAAAAUGAGACCUUAAAAUCUAUAUUCAAGUGGUACACGAAACUUUACCAAUAAGGCUUGGUUUCAUAUUUUUUACUCUUAAAAAGUAUUUAAUAUUAUUAAAAUGAAUGAUAGAAAAGAAAUGAUAAAAUUUCCUCUCAAUUCUACAUAGAUAUUGUUUUUUUUUUAUACAUUCCCAAUUAUUUUGUAUAUAUUAAUUAAUCGUGCCUUGAUACAGUCUGUAGGCCAAUACGUAAUCGGGAUCAGUUUGAAUGGUGCUGUAUUAAAAUAUAUAUGCGAGGACCCAAUAAUAUAAUUGUAUAAAGCAUGUUAAUGACUACCUCGUUUCUCUUUUAAAUAAUUUUUCUUUCGCGAAAUAGGCUUAAUUUUCGAUAAAAAAGAUGCAAUUAGGCACCUAUGUAACACACGAAAAUGACUGGGUGUGGCUGGCAACUACCUGAAAUAAGUUCAUCUACCUGCAUCAGGUGCAUUUUCGUGUGUUUGCAUACAGCCUAACGCCAUAUUUUGUCAAUUGAUGUAAAACAAACGAUGCGUCUACCGAUUGUCACGAUUUUUGCGGUCGUGACUGGAAAAAUUGAGUCUAUACGCGGGAUUGUGCAAUAUACAUAAAUUCUUAAAGCAUGACGUCUGAUCAGGACUGAAUAAUUUGUACUGUAAUUUUUUUUUUGUUUUUUUUUUCCAUUUUUUUAUCUGGCAGGCCAUGUUUGAAUGUUUUUUGCAAUACUUUUCAAAGACUUUAAUUGAUUGAUAGACUUGUGUACAGUGUAUGCUUUUUUUUUCUCUAUUGAGAUUACGAAUUCUUUCACUGCAUAUAUGUUUUAGUUUUUUCUUUUCUGCUCUGUAAAAGAAAGAAUUUUAAUGUAUACAUAUAUAUAUAUAUAUAUACAGUAUAUACACAGUAUAUAUAUAUAUAUAUAAAUUGUACGAAAAUUUUUUUUUUGUUUUGUUUUUCGUUAUUUGUCUUACGGAAAUCAUUCCUUUACAAAAUUUUAACUGUGCCGUGUCUCUCUUUCAGUAAAAAAAAAUUCUUUUUUUAUUAGGUUUUUCUCAUUAAUCGAAAAAAUAUUCAUAAAAAAUAUGUAAGUAUAUACAUAUACUUAUAUAUAUAUAUAUAUAUAUG